GUACAGCACGCGCUGUCUGUUGCAGCCGCAAGACAAAGAACAUCUUCCAACACCAAUUUCUAUUGCUUGUUGGAACAUCUUGCGGGGACAGAUUUCCGAUUGCACGGUGCUACCACUGUUCUCUAAUUUGGAUAUUGGGAACUCCAACUAUUAGGCUAUUUGCGAUGGUGCAUGUGUUUGUUUGAUUGUUGUUUGCAUUUGAGGGGUGUGCAUGGGUUUGAUAAAUACUGUCUGUUUCGGGGUGUGCCUGCUGCUCCUAGUCCCCAUGUGCAUAGUGCGUGUGGCAGCAAAUGUGAUAAGGCGUGGAUUGUGUCUGCUUCGGAUGUGCUGCUUAUAUGCAAGGUGUUGCAAUUUGAGGUUGUCAUCGUGCGUGGGGCAACUCUGUUGUCAUUGCGCACCCCAUCAAUCUCUGUUGCAGCAUUGACGCAUAUAUGCAAACGUUUCGUAGCACUCACAAUCCUAUCGUAGUUGCAUGUUCACUCCAUCACUGUAUGUAUCGACGAGAUGUGGUGGCUGGCACGAGAGCCAACAGCAGCACUGGGCAGUUGUAGUUCCUUGUCCCCAAGUCCCCUUCUCGCUAGUAUCUCCUCUCCUUCGUUCCCCGCUGCGUGAUCACCCUCGCUUCGCCUUCCGCGAACUUCCGCCUCGUUAGCUUUUCACGCGUUCAGCAGCAAUGGCCGAAUCAGGUGCAGAAGCGGAGUCAGCGACGUUCGAGUCGCUGGGCAUCUGCAGCCAGCUAGUGGAGGCGUGUCAGACGCUAGGCUGGAAGCACCCCACGCCCAUUCAGUGCGCCGCCAUUCCCCCCGCCGUCCAAGGUCGCGACGUGAUCGGGCUAGCGCAGACGGGCUCCGGAAAAACCGCGGCGUUCACCAUCCCCAUUCUCGAGGCCCUACUAGCGAAACCCUCGCCGCUCUUCGCCUGUAUACUGUCGCCCACACGAGAGCUGGCCAUUCAGAUAGCGGAGCAGUGCGAGGCGCUAGGCAGCAGCAUCGGGCUCAAGUGCGCUGUGAUAGUGGGAGGCGUGGACAUGGUGGCUCAGGCGAUUGCGCUGGGGAAACGGCCACACAUCAUUGUGGGCACGCCUGGUCGACUGGUGGAUCAUCUCAGCAACACCAAGGGUUUCAAUCUUCGCACGCUCAAAUACCUAGUGCUGGACGAGGCGGACCGGCUACUGAACCUGGAGUUUGAGGCGGAGAUCGACGAGAUCCUCAAAGUGGUGCCCAAGGACCGCCGCACCUUCCUCUUCUCCGCCACCAUGACCUCCAAGGUCGCCAAGCUGCAACGGGCGUGCCUCAAAGACCCCGUCAAGGUGGAGGUGUCGUCCAAGUACUCCACAGUGGACACCCUGCGCCAACAGUACCUCUUCGUGCCCGCCAAGCACAAGGACUGCUACCUGGUGUACGUGUUGAACGAGCUGGCGGGCAGCACGGCCAUGGUGUUCACGCGCACGUGCGAUGCCACGCGCCGCCUUGCGCUGCUGCUCAGGAAUCUGGGCUUCCCUGCCAUCCCCAUCAGCGGCCAGAUGAGCCAGCCGAAGCGGCUGGGGGCGCUGAACAAGUUCAAGAGCGGCGACCGGAGCAUUCUGAUCUGCACGGACGUGGCGAGCAGAGGGCUGGACAUACCCUCCGUUGAUAUGGUUGUCAACUACGACAUCCCCACCAACUCCAAGGACUAUAUCCACAGAGUGGGGCGGACAGCGAGAGCGGGGCGGUCGGGUCGAGCCAUCACCAUAGUGACGCAGUACGACGUGGAGCUCUUCCAGCGCAUCGAGCAGCUCAUAGGCAAGAAGAUGGAGGGGUUCCCUGCAGAGGCAGAGGAGGCGCUGGUGCUGCUGGAGAGAGUCAGUGAGGCGCAGAGACUGGCCAACAUGACCAUCAAGGAGAAGGACGCCAACAGGAAGGGCGGCAGGAGGCGCACCAGGGAUGAUGACGAGGAGGGGGGAGGGGGCGGCAGCAGCAUGAUGAGACAGCUGGGGAUAGGCAGCAGGGGUGGGGGCCGGGGAGGCGGUCGAGGGGGUGGGGGUGGGCGUGGUGGUGGUGGUGGGGGCAAGAGGGGGAGGAGGUGAGGUUGGAGACAAUCUUUGGUACCGGUAUUUUGAUUACGUGGUACAGUACUAAUAGUAAAAGCCAGCCAAUUUCAUUCAACGCCAGUAUGGUAUCCUCCAUUUUCCAACCCAGGGAUACAGCAUAAACAUGUGGUCGAUUACUGGCAGCCAAACCAAAUGGGUGCUUGGUUACACCCAAGCUGACUAUCCAAGCCCAUCAACGCGCUCUUAGUGGCUCAUUAUAACAACCUCAGAUAGGUAGCUAUUAGCUAACCUGCUGCCACUUGUUCAUCCUAGUAAUG